ACUGCAGUCCACGGACUAAAAUGACCGAACGUGUAAAUUCAGGCGGCGGAGAAAGAAAGCAAAAGUUAGCGAAGCUAUUUUCAUCCCGGUGCCAUUUACUUAUUUCCCUCGCGUUAUCUGGCAACCCGGAGCUAACUGCGACAGCGCCAAUGGCAGCAAAACAGAACUGUUAGAAACGAGGAGGAUGACAGCAACAAGGUGAGAGGAGAUGAUGAAGAGGAUGAGCGCCGUCUGAAGCCAACCAUGGCAGCGAGGAUUACAUAGCUCACUUUGUCUGCUGAAACAGGGGAGACCAUCCAUUUUGACCUACUUUAAAAGUCUCGACACAGACUAUGAUUCCUUGGCAGCGGUGGAGGAGAGGAAGCAUGGGGCGGAUAGGCGAGGCGUCAAGACGGCCGUGAUGACAGCAUGGUCCAUGGUGGAGAAGCUCAAAAUGGAAAAACGCCCAUGCAGGGAGCAGAACAUUGACUCGAGGGAGGCCCAGUAUGCCACAGACGACUCCGAGGCUGGAAGCAGCUCCGAAAGCGAAUCGGAGGAGCAGCAGUGGCGGCAGCAGCAGCCCUAUAGGGCUCAGCUGGGCAACAACGGCUGUAGGAGGAGAGAUCCCCUGGCUGUCACCAAACCUCACCGUCAGCUCUGUCGCUCUCCGUGCCUCGACCGGCCCAGCUUUUCCCAAAGCAGCACCCUGCAAGACUUUCGCGAAGAUGAUGUCGGUGCCAUGCCGGGGAUUAAACCCACCAGUGGAAAGGAGUACCAAACCAAGAUGGAGUUUGCUUUAAAGCUGGGCUACUCUGGAGAUCAGGUGGAGACGGUGCUCAACAAGUUGGGGGCCGCAGCGCUCAUCAACGACAUUCUUGCUGAGUUAGUUCGGCUUGGGAAUAAAGCAGAGCACGAAGCUCAACCCUGCAGCAGCACGGCCACAUCCAUAUCACGGCCCCCCUGUGUUAACGAGACCGCUAGUCCUGAAGUUUCAGUCGAAGAAGAAUCUGUGGAUAUGUAUGAUAACCUUAGGCCCAUCGUCAUUGAUGGUUCAAACGUGGCAAUGAGCCACGGGAACAAAGAGGUUUUCUCUUGUCGUGGUAUGCAGCUUGCCGUCGAGUGGUUUAGGGAGAAAAAACACAAAGACAUCACUGUGUUUGUCCCCGCCUGGAGAAAGGAGCAGUCGAGGCCUGACGCCCUAAUCACAGAUCAAGAAAUCUUGCGCAAACUGGAGAAAGAGAAAAUCCUGGUUUUUACCCCAUCUCGAAGAGUUCAGGGCAGGAGAGUGGUGUGCUACGAUGAUCGCUUCAUAGUGAAGCUGGCUUACGAUUCUGAUGGAAUUAUUGUGUCAAAUGACAACUACAGGGACUUGCAAAACGAAAAGCCAGAGUGGAAAAAAUUUAUAGAAGAGCGCCUCUUGAUGUAUUCAUUUGUCAAUGACAAGUUUAUGCCACCUGAUGAUCCAUUGGGAAGACAUGGGCCAAGCUUAGAAAAUUUCCUCCGCAAGAAGCCUGUUGUUCCAGAGCACAAAAAGCAACCUUGCCCCUAUGGGAAAAAGUGCACAUAUGGACAUAAGUGCAAAUACUAUCAUCCAGAGCGAGUGAACCAACCACAGCGGUCCGUGGCUGACGAGCUCCGGGCAUUUGCUAAAUUAUCUGCAGUAAAAACAAUGAGCGAAGGGGCUUUAGCUAAAUGUGGUACAGGUCCAGCAGCCGUUAAGGGGGACAUUAGCUCCGAAGCCAAACGCGUGGCACCCAAACGCCAGUCCGAUCCCAGCAUCCGCUCAGUGGCCUGUGAACCUCCGGAGGCGCUCUCUGUUGCUCGGAAGUCUGAGACAAAUUCCGUGCCUUCCCUGGUGUCUGCCCUCAGCGUGCCCACCAUGCAGCCUGCCAAGAGCCAUGCAGCCGGGGCCUUGAACACACGAUCAGCCAGCAGCCCCAUUCCAGGCUCUCUGCAGUUUGCACACAACUCUCUAGAGCACAUGUCUAGUGUACAGUACCCUCCGAUAUUAGUUACCAACAGUCACGGCGCCUCUGUAACAUACAGUGAUCAGUUCCCAAAGUAUGACUCUGUUAGUGAUCAUGGAUACUAUUCACUCCACAGCGAUUUCUCCAACAUGAGCAUGAGCAGCAUGCACAACGUUGACAGUUUCUGUAGCAUGGAGCACGAGCACGUGUAUCAGAGAAAUCCCAGCCACUGCCCCGAGUCUUGCCUCAGCCACUCAAACAGUGACUCGUUUUCCUCCUACGGGGACCUGUACCCAAGCUCUGUGGACAGCAGCUUGGAAGAGAGCAUCAAGGGGCAACAGCAGGCUCCUGCGCAGGCUAGAAUGCAGGCCUUCUCCCAUGGGUUUCGUCACGAAGCACUGACCAGAGUUCAGAGUUAUGGCCAAGAAGAGCCUAAGCAAGGUCCCCGCAAGCAGUCUGGGGCACACCUAGCACCUCACAUCCAGCAUGCUGUGGUGGGAGCCCGCUCUAGCUGUCCUGGAGACUACCCACUCACUCAAAACAUCCUCCCACCUUUGUCCUCGCAGCCAACACGGUCUCUAGGUAUGACACGUAUGGACAGCAUAUCAGACUCUAGGCUGUACGACAGCAAUCCAAAUAGACAGAGACGACCGCCGCUGUGCCGCGAGCAGCACGCGAGCUGGGACCCGUUGCCUUGUGGCAACGAGUCCUACGGAUAUCACUCGUAUCCACUCAGUAACAGCCUGAUGCCAUGUUGCGAGCGGGUGAUGGUCCGUAGCAUGCCAGACAAAAUGGAACAAAUUUGGAACUUGCCGUGGGAGAACCCAUCUGCAGCCGAGCACCAAGAGCGCGGACUUCAUUGAAUCCUCCACAAGGACUCAUCCAUAUUUAUACAUGAGGAAGCUUUUCUGAAGAUGCUGUUCAGGCCCUGUGAACGUGUUAUGAAAGACAUCUGAAGUGUUUCGACUGCAGUGAAACUAUAAAUAAUCCUGCUUUGCUAUGCCUGUGCUGUACAUAGUUCUUGUGAUAAUAUAUAUAUGUAUAUAUAUAUAUAUUUUUGUGCAUUUAUUUUCCAAUUAAGUAAGAGGGAGGUAGGUAUAUACCUCACAGCAUGAACUAUGACAUUAUGGCCUUAUAUCUGAAUGACCUCACGCUUUCGUCGUUGUCUGAUUGAUUCAAGUGGAUGUUGUCAUUAAAGCCUCCUGACUUUCAAAUACAAAGCACUAUCACAAUAUCUAAAGAGGUAUAUUUUCUCAAAAAAAGCUACUAUUUUGGUAGGAUUUGACUGUGCACAAAGCAAGCCAAAAAGAGAUUUGACUUGUAGACGUGCACAUAUUUAUAUACAUAUUAUCUCACAAAAGCCAUUAUUUUAAAGUUAUUUAUGAGCUGCUAAGAAAUGCCAAAAAAGAGACUUCUAUAGUGUUAAUAAUUAGCACAUUUACACAUUGUUUCUUAGGGUCAAUUGGAUUAUAGUAUGAAAAAAUAGGUUGGUAUUUAGGAUUUCAAAGUUACUUUCCUGACCUUAAUAGAUGCAGCAUCCAGGAUUUGACUAUUUAUGUAUUUUUUUUUUAUGUAUUUUUGCCUGUUCCUACAAGCACUUCAGAUUUAGUGUUGGUUUUUUUUCCACUGGACACUUGUGGCAACAAAUACAGGAGAUAGCUGGUGGGAGAUUGUUUCUCUUGUGAAGACUGGGGUCAAAAAGCAUGCAGUGGAAAGUGACGCAUUUCGCAGUGAAAAACUGAUUUGUAUCCACAGUUUUAAAGGGAGAGUGGAAAGUUUUCUCCAAGCAAUCACUCCCACUUUAACAAUACAGGCUCCUAAGGAUCUGCUCAUGACUUGCCACUUUAUCCUUUCUUGAUAUAUUAUGAUUUACCUUAUACAAGCAGAAGGUAUCUAGUUUCAGUAGAUAUCAUAUUCAGGAGGAAACAAUUUGUGUAUAUAUAUAUGAUUCGUGGAUCCUCACCCAACCUUGGUGUAUACAAUAACACAUUUCACUUGCAUACAUGCUGCCAGUAUAGAAGUAAUAGGGAAGGGUUUGGCUGUCUGUGCUUUGCAGCAUAUUGCUCUCAGGAUGCUUUCAGAUUUCCAAUUUAAAGUCUCUUUAUGCUAGAAACCAUUGCUGACUGGCCACAGUGUGUUCUGAUCUAGCAUUGAUUUAUUUUGUGAAAAUCCUACAUCUAAUAUGUAGUUCCUAAAAGUUAGCUAGAUACAGUCGAAAUAUAACAAAGGCAUUGCCAAACGUUGUACUUUUGUAUAUAUUCUCUUUAUGCACCUUAAGAUCUUGAACAUUGAGCUAUCGGGUUAAACUUUUAUGCUGUGCAACUUCAGUGUGAUUAUUUAGUUGUUUAUGUGGAGUACAGUGACACGGGUAAGGCCAGAAAUCUCGAUCGGACCUUUACCAUCAGUUUCAUUACGACCAUCGUGCUCUCAGGAGAUUCCAAUCCCCAUAUUUUAAUGAUCAUUGCCUCCUCUGUACUGCCACCUCUAGGACAAGGCGCUGCAUAAAACCGGCAGCUACAGAAAACAGUGAAGUUGCACCAUGAAGGCCAAACCUCAUAGCAGCACAUCACAUUGGCUGAUUUUAAAGGGAAAUACCACUUAUUUUGUGGAUUCAAGAAUGUUACAUUUGGAAUUAUAUUUAGCUUGCUAUCUCAUAUGGUUGCAAUGAUCUUUAAUAUGAGACAGAUUGGGCAAAAUAGAUUCUUAAAAUCCCCAUCUAGUAAACAAAGCAGCAUCAGACUGUGGUGGUAUUACUCUUUAACAGAGCUAACUGUGUGAGCCCCACGGUGGUGCUUUAAAAUAUGUAUUUGUUUUUUAAUGUUUUGGGUACAACCGUGGUAUAUGAGCAGACAUAAAGAGAAAAAAACAGUUGAAUGUGUUCUGCCCAAACUAGGUUUUGGGGCUUUGCUGACUUUGUUUUUUCAUGAAAAAAGACGAGGCCACUUUAGGCCGUCUGUCUGUUCAUGAGAAGGUGAAACAAACUGCCUAAAUGUUUCUUCAUGUGAAACAAUCAGAUUGCAAGGCUGCUGUCAAGGUUGUUUCUGGCAUUUGGCUAAAAGUUUGCGUGCCAUCCUUUUCCUUGGAGAUUACAGGAUUAUUUCCAAAAAAAUAUCCGAGUGAAAACCGAAUCUGAAACCCAGCUUAUUUAAAUUUAACUAGAAACAAAUUUUCAUAAUGUCUAAUCUGAACAGUGUAUUGCCCAGAUGAACUUGGAGUACUUACCAGACAUGUGGAGGUAGACAUUAUUAACACUAACAAAGGCAAGAAAAUUGUUCUGAACUGUAAACUGUCUUGGUUUUGUUGAUUAUUUAUUGAAAUAAUUGGUUGUGUAAAAUAAGCAGCUUGCUUUUAAAAGUGACUUGUCUCUUGAACCUAAAAAAUGUCAGCAGUCAGCAAUGUAGCUUUAGUUGUGUAUAUUAUGCAAUUCACACAAGGGUCAAAUUCUGAUUAAAAAUGUUCGUCUUCAGGUGGCCGUUUCUUCACAAGGUCAAAUAUUGUGUGAUUUUUCUCCACCUAUUUUGCUUCCAAGCUUGUCAGAUGUUUGGAUGUUAAAGCUUUAAAACUUGUUUUGGUUUUUUUUAACCAGCAAAAUAAGAGAUUGGCAGAAAAUCUGGUCAUUUUACCUUUCAUCUGCAAUCGACAGUUCAGAUAAUAAUUAUGGAAUACUUUGAUGCAUAAAUGGAGAUAAUGAAGGUAAUUCCUUCAUUUUCUGAUUGAUUCAAAUUACUAACGACAAAGAACCUGCUGUACUACUUUUUCCUUCGCAUGUUCUGGUACUAGUAACAUCGAACAGGAAACACCUGAUCUGUGGAUUUCUAGAUAUUAAAAGCAAUUAAAAUAAGUCCAGAUUUGACAAGUCUAAGAAUUGUUUGUAAAUGGAGCUGACCUUAGUUGAUUCAUAUGCCAAAAAGCUGUCUAAUAGCCCUUUACCACGCUCUUGAUCUUCAUUGUGUUGUUUCAGUAUUUGUGAAACAUACAGAUAUUAAAAGCUCACUGGGUGAAUGUCUUUGAUUUUAGACUGCUAUAAAAACUACUGGACCAAUCUGGAAAUUUGAGUCAAUAAAAUACAGCUUUUGAAAUGGAAAAAGACAGAUUUCAGAAAUGCACGAUUUUGUCUGGGCAAUGGACUGCUCCCACAAGAGGAAUUAACCUCUCGCUGUCACUGAAAGACUUCCAAUGCCCCAUCACAGAGAUUUGAACUCUAAAGCACAAUUGGUGAUGUGUCGUCCCUUUCUCUCUGGUUUUUAUGUGCCGCAAACAACUAAGCCACAAAUGUCUAGAACUGACUUUUGCUUGUUGAUACAAAUUGUAUCUAUACCUUGAAUGUAAUAAAAUAUGAAAUGUAUAAUAUGAAUAUAAUUUUAUCUAAAUGAAUGGAAAAGGGGGGCUGGUAAUAAUGCCAUAAUGUUUGUGACACUGUGUGUCACUGGGAGUAGCCCACUGGUAUGUACUAAUUCUUACUGGGUACAGUAGUUACUUAGCAGGGACAUUUAUGUGCCACUUAAAAGUGCACAGAUACCCUGUGUACAGCAGUAAGCAUCAUCUCCUCUCUGUAGAUAGUUACACACGUGUGUGUAUAUAGAGAAAUGUAACACCUGAGUUCUUCAUAUACUUCAGAUAAUUUGUGCGUUGCAACCACGUGCACCUUGAUUAAGUGCAUCUACUAAGUGAACAUUUUAAUGGGAAUUUCAAUAUUUUUGGAUAUAUUUCACCUAAUGAAACAUGCCAAAUAUACUCUGGGUUGGCUUUGUCAAACAGUUUCAAGUGAUGUUAGCACAUCGGUUGUUUUGGAAAGACUUGUGUGUCCACACAGGAGGAAAAGACAAACACUAAUUGGAUUCUAGACUGGUGGUUUAAGGACUUAUCCAGAACCUUCCAGGUCUGGAAUUUGUGUUUGAUGCUUUUUGCCCUGAUGCUUCUAAGAUGGUGUUUUAUUGAAAUGUUUGACAGUUGAUUUAAGGAGCAACCCUUAAUGUUCACAAAGCGCAGGUGUGUUGAAUUGUAAUUUGUUUGACUAUUUAAUUAUUCACAGUGUAAUUUAGUAAUUUCUGUAUCUGAGGCCAGUUGGCAUUGAGUCCUUACUGGUUUUAUUAAGGUUGUUAUGGAUGAAAUUGUCAGUUUUGUUUAGUUCGGAUUGAGCUGUUGAGGGAACAGAUCGAAACCAAAGUGAUUUCUGAUGUGAAAACAUAUGUUGAAAACUGGCUUAAAAGUGUUGCGCGGUUUUGCACAACCGUAUGGAGUGAAUGGUGUACAAAAUGCCACGGCAAGGCAUACACACGUUUUAGCACGACUGUACAUAUACAGAAUUCAGUGUAAUACUCAGGUUUAGUCACACAAACAUUAUAAAUCACAAACUUUGUUUUCUGAUGUGGAGAAAUGAAGUGGUCACCUAAGUGUAGGUCUCUUGUUUGAGUAGGCAAUGUGUCUACGAUGUAAAAAAAAAAAAAAAAAAAGGGAAAUGUACAGCAAGAUUUUGUGUUGUGAUGAUCAGCAGUAUUGUAAUCCACACUGACUGGAAAAAGCAUUGAUUUUAUAGAUCAAAAUGAACAAAAAUACUAGAGUAUUUGAGUCUGUGGACUCAAACAAAAUGUAAGUCUUAAUGACAAACUGUGUUUCUGGAUAAAUAAAGCAAACCUCUGUUCAA